AUGCAACGCCUCCGUUCCAUUCUCACAUCGAAGAACGUGAAUACCAAUGACCCUGGUCGUCCCACCUCGUACCGCGUCAAUCCAGCCUUCGAAGACGAUCUCGACUCCGAGGACAUCAACGCCGAACGUCGCGGCGCGGCCGGGCGUCAUCACGGUCGAAAACAUCUUUUCCGACGCUCUCAAGCCCUCCCGGACCAUCGACCUCGUACAUCUUCAACACAUCAUAAUAGAGGGAAGUUCACGACGCUUCUUUUGGUUCUACAUAUUUUGUCUUCGCCGAUCGCGAUUACCGUGCUUCAGAUCCUCACAAUCGUCCAUAGUAACCAAACGGUCAAAGUUUUGGAGGGGCUUCAGGACGGGGCGUUCUUGCCUUUGAAUGGGACUAGGGUGAUUCACCCCGUCACGGGGUCAGCAAAUGGUGGCGUAGGAUCUGCGAGGAGAUCUCGAAGAGCGACUGUGGUCUUCGAGGGGUUUGGAUCGUUGGUGUCGUUGGCGGUUUCGGACCUGGAAGGUCGUUCUUCGGCAAAGGAAGAAAGGAGUUCAAGCGGCGUGCGGGCCACACUGUGGAAGAGAACUUCCGGACUCGUAACUAACGAGCUUGGAGCAACUUCGACUCUACAAGCAUCCACCGGCGAUAAUGGAGAGCUCAUCGUCUCGGAAGCGUGUGCGACCUACCUCGUGAGUGUCCUCACCGCCGCGUGGCUCGAAAACGAACAGGGGCUAGACGAACUCACCCUCUCACCUCCAAGCUUUCAGAACGAACCAAUCGAAUGGAUCGCGCGAUUCAAGAUCAGUUCUUUGACGCUGACGAUCUUCCAGAUCUGGAUGUUGGUCAUCCUCGGUGUAGCGUGGUACCACACUUCGAGUAGCCAUCUCGGCGCGGUCGCACUGUCUCAAACGCUGGUAUCUUGUUUCGGUAGGUGAUUGCAGGCGUGGGAUGCCUCAGAUAGGGAAAGUUGAAGGAGGUGCGAUUCCUCACCUUGUCAUUCCGCAGCCAUCGCCCAAGCUGCUUUCACUUACGAGCACUAUGCGAGCUUCGCAAGUGGGAUCUUCCUUGGCCCUUGUUCGCUCGGGCAAGCGUUGAUCCCGGGUGAGUCAACCUGCGAUACAUACUUCACUGGUCUUCAAAUUUAAGUGGGAACCAAAAUCUCACGAAGCGAUUGAUGUCGGUCCACAGACUUUUGGUCCUUGGCGGUCAAAUCACAAAUCGCUGUCGCCAUAUUGCAGCUAUUUGGAUCCGCCGCAAUCGCAGUUUUUGCGGUCAAGUUCGCCAACGUGAGGCUGCGGUGGCCAAACUUCAGAGAAUUCAGUCUCUCGUCUCUCCGAUCUUGGGCACUCAUUCAGCCCCACGGCUACUACGGGGGCUCGAACGAGCCCUCGCAACACGCUCGUCGCCGAGUCCUCGUCUCCUCUUUCGAACUCCUCUCGACGUCUUCAAUCUUCUUCGUCGUCGCCCUGCAAGCCAUCUGGCUACGCGAGACCAUACAUCGCCCGUCUCCAGCAUUUGACUCUGCACCGAAUUGGCUCGGUGUGCCAGAACAAAUUGGUGUAGGGGUUUUGAUGGUUCUAGGAACGUACGUUAUGGCCAUGGGUCAGGUAGGACUGCGGUUUCAGUUCAUGUCUGUGAUGGUUCUUUCGUUGUUGGGCAAUCUUGCUUUUCUGUGAGUGACGUACUUCCUCGUUCGUGCGUCAGGAGCUGUCUUACUGAUCUGCGCCGAUCUCGCACUUAGCGUCCACACUAGUUGCCUCUUAUCUCAAUCGACGUUUCGCGUGGUCCAAGCUUCGUCUUCUUUCCUCUCAUUCUUGCUCGUCAUUUCAACCGCAUUGGUCCUCCUUACUCUCGUCUUAGGAACUGCCACAAUCUUUUCGAGACCAGUUUGGUCCUCGAUCGGAGCGGACGGGUCAGAAGGUAAGUUCACUCCAGUGCAUGCUGAAUCCCAGAAACCCGUGUUGACGUGGACCCUGAAUCGGACCCUUCUAUCAUGGCCAGUCGCUCAAUCCGACAGCUCUUACGACGAUGGAGAUGCGAAAUUAUCUGACCUACACCACUCCACCGCAUCUUCAAAGGAUAUCUCCUCCACCGAAAUAGUAGAUUAUCGUCGUCCCAAACCGGGCCAGGCUUAUGUUCAAUCCCACAUCCUGAACCGCCCGCCGAGCACCAGCCACGCCUCCCACCACCCUCGGCACUCACGCGUCAGCUCCACCUCAACCAUCAACACGGCUGGAACAUGGAAGGAGUCCGUUUUUGGCCGACAGAGAUCCCGCUCGAUGAGUUUGGAGCUGGCAACGUCGAGGAUGAUACCGUUGCGAUCAUUGGGGUCUCAAGACCUCAUCCGCGUUGAGGCGCCUGCAGCGCAGUCGCUGCGUUCCGAACGGAUGACCUCUGCAAGCGAAAGAGGGACUAUCCUAGCCAUGGCCAACGAAGACCUCAUCGACGAAGGCAAAGAAGAAACAGACUUGUUCCGUCGAGUCACACCUCGACGCCUGAGGAACCCCUCCAAAGCUUCGCUCGACGUACCCAUGCCCGCCAUCCCGGAUGAAGAUGCCUUGGGAGUUGGUGGGGACGAUCCUUUUCGACCUGUUACGCCGAGGAGACUGAGGCAACCUUCCGUACCUUUAGACGCGGAAGAUGCGGAGGACGUCGACGCGAUCGUGGCGGGUGAGGCGGCGGUGAGAAGCUCGGCGCGAGGGGUCGAUCAAUUUACGUGGACGACGGCCGAGCCAUUUGCCCCCAUCACGGCUUCAAAGGAUGAGUUUUCGUCGCACUCAAAAUUUUAUCCUGAAUCAGGUUCAAUCCUCUCCCCGACCCAAGCCACACCUUCCUCGCCUUCCCCGAUGCGUUCAGUCCGAGCUCCUAAAGGCCCACCCACCCUCUCCGCCGUCCCCAAACCUAACCUCUUUCCCCUCUCCCAUCUCAGUCUUUCGGAUUUCCUAUUCCAAACGCCCUCAAAUGCACCCACUUCCAUUCCCGUCCCUGUUCCGACCCUCCGAAUUACCGAUGCCCAAGAUCGUCAGGACCAUGGCAGCGAACAUGAUGUUCCUCUACGACCACUUCCCCAGGCUCAGAUUUACGAUCGGUCGAAGACGCAUCGGGUGAGGUCGGCUGAUCAGCAGGGAGGGCAAGUCAACUCGUCGCAUGGACGAACUUCUGGUCAACCGAAUAAGAAGCAAUCUACGAUGGGUCAUAAACCGCUCCAAGAUGCGUCCAUCCGACUUCAUCAGGAGGAUUGUGCAGACUCCAAAUCUUCGUCCACCUCGACUCCUCUAGGUCCUGAACCGACGGACCGAAGGGAAAGCGUUUUGGACCGCCCUCAUCCACUCGUGUACGAACGUUGGACGGUCAAUUGGCCCGCACUCGAGUAG